GACUCGCGCAGUCGCAGAGUCUCAGCUCGAAAAAAUUAAGUAAAGACAUCCAAAAAAUAAAAACGUGGCCGGUCGUCGCGCCUGCGCAAACCACAAAAAAAAAAAAAACACAGAAAAGAGGAAGCUGUGUGGAACAAGUCCCUCUUAACGAAUAUAAGAAACCUAUUUCAUCAGGGCUGUCCGCCCAACAAAUUACAAAAAAAAUAAGGUACUGGAAGUUAUGUGAAGAUGAUCUCGCCCCUGUCGUCUAAAAGAUGAUCGAGGCCUUUGCGAAUCAUUUGAGCAGCCAUUUGGGACGCCACCUAUUCUAUUGGGCCAUCGAAUCGAGCAGCAUCGGAAGUUCGGGUAACUACGGCCUCAACCUGCGGCUUUCCGAGCUGAUCAACAAAUUCCACGGCCCCCUCGAGCGGGGCGUGCAGGUGCUGGACCACCUGUUGACCCUCGAGGAGGACGACUUUGCCGGCCAUUGGGGCAGCGCCUAUGCGCACAACUAUGAGCCGGAGUACGCCGCUCGAGUGCCGGAGAACGAGGAGCUGCCACCGCCAGAACAGAUGGAAACACUCAACAAUGGCAACGGGCUGCUCCAUUCACCGCCCCACAAUCACCAGCAGCAACAGCAGCAGCAGCGGGGCGGAGGAGGAGUCUCUCCGCCUGGCGGUGCCUCUGCUGGAGCGGAUCACAAUAUACAGAUAACGCAGCCCAUAAGUGCUCCAUCCUCACCUCUGGCCUCGCCGGGCGCCCUAAACAACAGCAGCAGCAGCAGCGGCGGUGGUGGGGGCAGUGGCGGAGGGAUCUCUGGCAGUCCCACAGCCUUCUGUCUGCCUUCCAGUUCCGCGGCAGCUGCUGCGGUGGCUGCUCUUUCGGCAACACCCACUAGCGGCAGUGGAUCGUACGUGUGCUCCGCUGGAACCAAUUGGCAUUUCGCGGCUGUGGCGGCAUCCAAUGCCAUUGAUACGGCGGAUCCGAACUGGCAGGCCAGCAAGGCGACGGUUCUGGAGAGGAACGCGGCCAUGUUUAACAACGAGCUGAUGUCCGACGUCAAGUUCGUUGUAGGCGGGGAGUUCGACAUUGAUCCCAUUCAGACUAUACCCGCCCACAAAUACAUUCUCGCCACGGGCAGCUCCGUCUUCUAUGCCAUGUUCUAUGGCGGAUUGGCGGAGAACAAGCAGGAAAUCAAAGUGCCUGACGUCGAACCCACUGCCUUCUUAACAUUGCUAAGGUACCUCUAUUGUGAUGAAAUCACUGAACCUGAGCACAUCCUAGCCACUCUCUAUGCGGCCAAGAAGUACAUAGUGCCACAUCUGGCCAGGGCCUGCGUCAACUAUCUGGAGGUGAAGUUGACGGCAAAAAACGCCUGCCUACUUCUCAGUCAAUCGCGUCUGUUCGAGGAGCCCGAACUGAUGCAGCGUUGCUGGGAAGUGAUCGACGCACAGGCCGAGAUGGCGGUUAAGUCUGAGGACUUUGUGGACAUUGACCUCAAGACCUUCGAGUCGAUCCUCUCGCGGGAGACGCUUAACUGCAAGGAGAUACACCUGUUCGAGGCGGCUCUCAAUUGGGCUCUGAAUGCCUGCGAGAAGAUGACCAUCGACGAUACGCCACAGAAUAAGCGCAGGCUGCUGGGACAGGCCCUGCACCUCAUCCGCAUACCCACUAUGUCGCUGGAAGAGUUUGCAAAUGGUGUGGCCCAGACUGGCAUCCUCUCGUCACAGGAAACGAUCGACAUGUUCCUGCACUUCACCGCCAAGGUUAAGCCCUCCUUGGGCUUUCCUACGCGCUCGAGAGCGGGCCUGAAGACGCAGGUCUGCCAUCGCUUUCAGUCAUGCGCCUACCGCUCGAACCAGUGGCGAUACCGCGGACGCUGUGAUUCCAUUCAGUUCUCCGUGGACCGUAGAAUCUUCAUUGUGGGCUUUGGUUUGUAUGGCUCAUCGACUGGCGCCGCCAACUAUAACGUCAAAAUCGAACUGAAGCGUCUGGGACGCACCCUCGCCGAGAACGACACCAAAUUCUUCUCGGACGGUUCAAGCAACACUUUCCACGUGUUCUUCGAGAACCCCAUUCAAAUCGAGCCCGAGUGCUACUACACCGCUUCUGUAAUACUGGACGGCAACGAGCUAAGCUUCUUCGGCCAGGAAGGCAUGUCGGAGGUGCUCAUGGGCAAUGUGACGUUCCAGUUCCAGUGCUCGUCGGAAAGCACCAACGGCACUGGCGUACAGGGCGGACAAAUCCCCGAACUGAUCUUCUAUGGACCCACCACAAUGACGGCUAUGAGUUCGCCUACAAAUUCACUGUGUGCAACGCCAAUCGGAGGAGCAGGAGGAUCAGCCGCAGCAGCAACUGCAGCAGCUGGAACUGCUACAUCCAAUGGCAGCCAUUUAACUAGCAACAAUGUCAACGGUUCUGGGGAAGAUCUGGCCGCGGAGGGCAGCACCUGAUGCGCACAGCUCUACUGCGCCGAGUGGCAGGGAGCCUGCUACUAUCGCCAGCAGCCGCAACAGCAGCAACAAUCGAGGAGACCAAUACAGCUACAAAAUCGAAACUCAUGGGUUUUCAGUGCAACACAAGCAAGCAAAUUGGAGUUUUAGACGAAGUUAUAGACCGUAUAUACAGAUAUAGACAUAUACGACGAUA